UUCAUCACUCACAAUCCAUAAAAAUUACACAUUUCUUUAAAUUUUCCUCUUCAAUGGCACCCCACGGAGAAUCCGUUCUUAGCUCGGCUUAUGUUGCCCCGUCCAAGAACUUCAAGUCCGUCAAACCGCCUAGCCUCUCCACUACCGAUUGUGGUGGUGGCAGUCUCCGAAGGACACUUUCAGACAUGGUGGGAGGGUCUCGAACAGACUUAAUAUGCGAGACCCUCCCAGUAAUAUCAGAGGUAGAAACCGCAAAGUGUGAAUGUUGUGGGAUGUGCGAAGAAUAUACGCCGGAGUACAUAGAGCGCGUCAAGGCAAAGUUCUUCAUGAAAUGGAUAUGUGGAUUGUGUGCCGAGGCAGUGAAGGAGGAGGUGGAGAAGAAUGGUGGAGAUAAAGAGAAGGCGUUGAAAGAUCAUAUUAGUGCUUGUGUUCGGUUCAAUAAGUUCGGUAGGGCUUUCCCGGUUUUGUGUCAAGCCGAGGCAAUGAGGGAGAUGUUGAAGAAGAGUAGUUGUAGGGUUAGGACAAAGUCGGUUAGCCCGAGGGAUCAUAAAACCAGGAUGAAGAGCGGUGGGAUUGCUCGAAGCUCUAGUUGUAUGCCGUCACUCACAAGGGAGAUCAAUGACCUUACUAUAUCCAACUAAUGGAUUAAUUGUUAUCUCAAAAGGGAUUCAAAAGAUUAGGUCAUAACCCUUUAACAUCAAAAUUACCAUGGUCCAUAGACUUUUUAUGCGUUUUGUUUAUUGGUUUGAUCGAUUCGAUUACAUAGUACAGUAGUUUUAGGUCAAGGAAAAGAACCACCUCAACAUGCUUUCGAGUUUUUAUUCCUUUAAGGGAUUUUUAGCUGGUUGGAUCAGCUAGACAAGUUUUUUUUUCAUAUGCUUUAAUUUGCUAGUAAAUUACUAUGGAUAUAUGGUAUUCUUGAUGUAAUUUAUGCUAUAAAGGGUGUGAAUGUAUUGCUAAUAUGUUAAAUCAAUAAUUGUCAAUUAGUUGUAAUAAAAUAAUUAAAUUUAGUUAUGUAA